ACUAAAUAUUGCUAUAUAUCAAUUUUAAGUCAUUCGGUUAAAGUUGGUUAAAGUGGGACAAGUGCAUGUAUAUGAUAUAUAUAUUAUGUAUAUCGGCAGUAAAAUUAUGUUUAGAUAUUGAGUGAUUUUUAAAACCUAUAACGUAGGGAGUAUAACAAUAAUAUAAGCAAUAUUAACAAUCAACAAAAUGUCGACAACAUUUUUCAACCCUGAACCCAAUGACGAAGAUUUAAUAAAUGGUUGGUAUAAUAAUGCCAUAAUGUCGCCUCAAGAAGCUAGCAAUAAUUUGAGAAAAAUUCAAGAAGUUUUGCUAAACAAAAGCCCAAAUUUGCUCCCAGAAUAUUUAGAUAAUAUUUUAGGACAGUUUACCCAAUCAACAAAUGGAGAUGUUAAAAAAGUGCUUGUUGGUUUCAUAGAGGAAGCAUGCAAAUAUGAUGAAAAUUUGAUGCCCAAAGUAACACUUUCUCUUCUUAUGCUAUUGAACAAUGAAAAUGUAGCUCUACAGAAACGAGUUAUCCAAAGCAUAAUUACUCUAUAUAGGAGAAUGUUAAUAGCCAUUUGUAAAGCGAGUUGUGUUACUGAAGAAAUGGAAACAGCAUGGGGCCAAAUGAAUGAAAUUAAAUCAAAAAUAAUAAAAUUUAUUGACAGUGACAAUGAUGGGGUUAGGACAAGUGUGGUUAAAUUCCUUGAGACUGUUGUAUUGCUACAGUCUUACCCUGAUCCUAAUGAGAGUAGUAAGAACGAUUUCACUUUGGAAGAUGUACCAUUAACAUUAAAAAUUGCUAGACGCAGGAAGUUAGAGGAAGAAGCAAAUACCAUUUUUGAUAUCCUGAUCAAAUUUAAUGGAUCACCUCAUAUCAGUAGUGCAAAUUUAUAUAUUUGCAUUGGAUCUUUAACACACAUUGGCAAAAAUCGACCAGAUUAUAUAGAGCCAGUUAUUCAUGCAUUAGUUGAGUUAACUUCAAACUUUCCUCCAACUUUAAGUAUGACGCAAGUUAGUACAGUUAAGAAAAAGUUAAAAACUGAGUUUAUUAGUAUAAUAAAACAUCCUGCAGCCCAUGACUAUAUCGAGAAAAUUUCUCCAAUUCUAAUAGAUUUUGGUUUGACUCAGAAUGAAAUUAAUAAAAUGAUUCCAAAAGUGGACGAAAAUCGUAAAUAUACUAAACGUACACUUUCUCCAGACACUCAAGAAAGAGCAACGAAAAAACCGAGAUUGGAUAUUGCUGAAAAUGAUCCUGAUUAUGAUCUUGUAGUAAAACAAAAACAAGCUCUGGAAGUAAACGAAAAUUUUAUUAAAGAUAAACUUUCAAAGAACUUAACAGUUGAACUAGUAUUAAAAGGAUUGUAUGAUGUACCAUCAAGAAUGCCUUCUAUUUUCAAAACAGAUUAUGCAGAAUCUCUGAAGUUGGGACCUGCUGGUGAUAUUGGAAUUGUGGCAAAGUUAUUGUCUGAGCAGAUGGUAGAAGCUGGCGUUGGACCAGGUUCAAAAAUUAUUGGCAAAACUAUGUUGAUUAAGGACAAACUGGAAAAUAAAGAAUCCAAAAAGAGAUUGCGAGAUGAAGAUGAUGAGGAUGAAGUUAAAUCAGAGAAACUCAAAAAAGGAAAACUUAAAGCGCCUCGCGUGAAGGUGUUAAAACUUAAUGAAAUUACUCGUCCAUUAGAUAAAAAAGCAAGAGAAACUCUGCUACUUGGAGCGAUUAAAAGAUUGCUGAAGGCUGAUCACCAGAGUAAUAAGGUAAUAAGGCAGAAGAUUAUUACGACGGUAGCUGCCACAUUCAAUGACAUAGUAAGAGAAAAUGUUUUGAGUUACGUUUUGGAAGAUAUUAAAGGUCACUUGGAUUUAGCAUUGGCUUGGUUAUAUGAGGAAUACAGCAUAAUGCAGGGAUUUUCUCGUAUCCCCGAACUUAGACGAUCUUCGCGUAUUGAACAAAGCUAUAAUACCUUGCUUAGUUCUUUUGUUGAAGCUGCACAGAGCGAUUCAUUGACCAUGUCACGAUUAUUAUUAGAAUCACCAAUUAUCACUGAUCAAGUGUUAAAUCAAUUGAAGCAAGUGUGCAAAGACGAAAAUAAUUGUGAAUGGGGUAUUCUAUUGUUGCGUGAUCUGGUAUUACGAAGGCCUACUCGUCAACUAAUGUUUUUAAAUGCUCUUCUUGAAAAUAUUACUCAUGAAAAUAUGGUAAUUCGCGAAUGUACGAUUUCUCAUGUAGUGGAAUUGCACAAGUGCGUUGAAAUUAGGCAAAAUAUCGAAGAAUACGUACGGAAGUGUUUGGAAUAUUUGGGAACAGUUCAACCACCAGAUGUAUUAUUCGGUUUUGCUCAAGGACGUUUAGCUGGUGCAGAUGCAUGGAAUGACGAUAUUGCUAAAGCUUGCCUGGAAGGAUAUGUUGCAUUGCUGCCAUCGAAUCAAUCGCUGAUUCACGACUUAGCUAAGAUUUAUGUUCAGACUGGAGCUGAUACAAAGCGUGUUAUAUUAAGAUUGUUGGAAGUGCCUAUUCGUCUGAUGGGAAUGGAUUCAGUUGAAUUACUUAAAUUGGUGCAAGAAUGUCCAAAGGGUUCAGAAACUUUAGUUACUAGAGUUAUCCAUAUACUCACAGAUAAAGGACCGCCAACUGCGCAAUUGGUUAAACGCGUUAGGGAUUUAUAUAAUACACGUGUAUCAGAUGUUAGAUUCUUAAUUCCAGUUCUUAACGGUCUAACAAAAUCGGAGAUUCUUGCUGCAUUGCCAAAACUUAUCAAAUUGAAUCCAGUCGUUGUUCGCGAAGUUUUCAACCGAUUGUUAGGAGUACAUGGUGACAGUGCUAUCACGCCUACCGAACUUUUGGUAGCUUUACACAUUUUAAGUACAGAUCAAGUUGAUAUUAAAACAAAGAUGAAGGCUAUUACUAUGUGCUUAAAUGAUAAACAAGUUUUUACUCAAGAAAUUUUGGCUGUAGUCUUGCAGCAAUUAAUGGAGCAAACACCUUUACCUACAUUAUUGAUGAGAACCGUUAUACAAGCUCUCGGUUUAUUCCCAAGACUCUCUGGAUUCGUUAUGAAUAUUCUUCAAAGAUUAAUUCUGAAACAAGUAUGGAAGCAAAAGGUGGCUUGGGAAGGUUUUGUAAAGUGUUGCCAAAGAACGAAACCACAAAGUUUCUCAGUGUUGAUGCAGCUACCUGCACCCCAACUGGCCGAAGCAUUAACAAUGAGUUCAGAUUUAAGAGAACCUCUUAAAGAACAUUUAUUGAAUUUCAACGAUAACCAAAGGGCCCAUGUUCCAGCAGCUGUACAAGAAGUUAUAUUAGGCCCUGAAGCUGACAGCAAACCACCGACACCGGUCUUAGCUCCUGUGGAGAUCCUCAAAACUGAACCGGUAGAGCCUUUACCUCCUGGCAUGGAUUGACGUUAGUUUUGUUUCGUCUGUUGUAUAUUCUUUUUUAUUAAACACAUAGCUUUUGUUAUUUUAUGUAUAUA